AUGGUUCCCUCUUUUAUUGAAGUCUCGUACGUGUUGCCAACCCAAGAGUUCGUGGACAAGCCGUUGCGAGCGCUCUGGAAUUGGCUCCAUUUUCGCGAACCGGCAGAAAAUGAGACCUUGCUUAGGAUCGUGAAAGUACGGAGUGAGGCGGCCAUGAAACGUCAGCCGGUGGCAACAGUAGUGGCUGCAACUAGUACAUCAAGCAGCACCAGCGCACCAUUGAAUCCGGCGACGUCAGUGACAGCAACAGGGGCGGGCCCUCCAACGACAAUCGUCGUGGCGCCGACUCUGGGUGCUAGUUGCUCCCCGCUGCCCACCAAAACAAGACCAGUGACAGUGCGGCCGCGGUUCUCGGCACCCAUCCCCCAGGUUUCCCAUUUUGCCCAACGAGCUGCAGUGAAUCAAGUGCCUGCUGCGUUCACGGUAUCUCCGAGAGCUGUCGUGGACGUUGCAUUCCAAAACAAAGACGGGCCUAUCGUCAGACCAGUUCUGCGGAGAGUUGAAGGGAGCGCUGGACAAAAUACUCCCGUUUUUGUUUCCGUUGCUGGAACUGUGGUUGCAGGAAAGGUAUCCCCAGCAGUACAAUUUCCGACAGGCGGAUUUCCGACACGGCCACCCUCAAAUUCAUUAGUUUUGACUGACCAACUCAAUGACGUAUCUACCGAGGUGACUUACGACACUGGGUACGGUGCUUGUACCCCUGGUAAGCUUGGUGACGAUAGCAGGCCGACGGUAUCGGUGACCCCUUCAACGCAGUUGGUGCCCUCAAUACCGAAUCAGCAAGUUCAGCGGUUGAAGGUUGAAGAUGCAUUAUCCUACCUCGACAAGGUCAAGUACAAAUUUUCCAAUGAUCCCGGUGUCUACAACAACUUCCUCGACAUAAUGAAGGAGUUCAAGUCUCAGACAUUGAGCACUCCGGGUGUGAUUAAGCGGGUCUCAUCUUUAUUCGAAGACCAUCCAGAAUUGAUCGUGGGAUUCAACACGUUUUUGCCACCUGGGUACAAGAUCGAAAUCGCGACGAUUGAAACGGUUAGUUUUCUGAACCGUUUUUCUGCGGGUUUUCUUCCGAUGAAACGCAUUGCAUGUAUGUGGGGGCUACCCUAUGUGCUCGAGAGCGUGCGGUACCUAGCUCCUCGAGAUCCGCCGAGUGCUGCAUCUGUCAUGAUGACUCCGAGUUCUCCGCAUUUGGCUAGGCAAGCAUAUUUUUCAACUUCUCUUGUCACGCCGGUUUCUGUUGCUGAUGCCAAUACAAUGCUAACGUUGAAGUCAUCAUUACCGAUGACUGAUCCAAUGACCAAGCAGUCGCCGCCGAUCACUCACACGCUUGUCACUACCGUGGCAAGUAGUCCAGUUUCUGUCUCCGUUUCGACUGGAGCUGUGAUGACAGCCUGCUCUGCAUCGGUUACACUCUCUUCACCAUCUGUCCAUUCAGCUACCGUCGUCGUUGUUUCUUCUUCAUCGAACAACUCCUCUGCUGUGCCAGCUGUGCUUCCUGUUCUGACUUCAUCAAGUACUCAGAGCAAUGAAAUUGGCACGGCGAAUUCCGUCCCUCAAGUCGAGUUCGAUCACGCUAUCAGCUACGUCAAUAAAAUAAAGGUGCUCCGAUUCAACAAUCGGCCCGAAAUAUACAAACAGUUCCUGGAAAUUCUACAUUCGUAUCAGAAGGAUCAAAAGGAAACUCGGAAUGCGUGUCAAGGGCCCGCCGGAUUACUGAGUUUUCCCUCGCGAGGAAUGAACGCCGCUAGUAAAUUGAGUGAGGCGGAAGUUUACGCGAAAGUGAAGAAACUUUUUGAAAACCAGGAUGACCUCUUACACGAAUUUAGCCAGUUCUUGCCAGAAGCCACUGGAAUUAAUUCCUCAUUGACGACAAAGAUGUUGAAUGAUCACGGGUCUCUGAACAAACUCGGUGGGAGUUCCAUGAUACAAACUGUGCACUCAAUGGCCACUUCCAUCCCGCCCCCUGGGCUCUUGACGACGUCAGUAGCAAGUAUCAACCAGGAUUCGUCCAAGUUGCCUCCCUUGUCGAACAUGCCUCGGGCCAAGCCAAGCUUCUCUCAAAACUCGGUGGUUUUAAUUCAGUCGAGUCACCAAGGGUUUCUGAACCAUCAGUCUGGGGCGAGUGUCCAGCGGAAACCGGUGGAGCAGGUCUUGAGCUCUCCGAUGAUCGGGACGAAGCGCGCCGCACCCACUGUUACUAACGGAGGCCAAUCGGUGAGCCUGAACGGGCAACCACCCGCGAAGAAAGUGAGAAUGAGUGCGGGUCGGCCGGGCCAUCUGGCGGCCACAGCGAAGUUCAGCAGCUUUAGGGAGUUCUCCUUUUUCAAUCAGGUGAAGAAGACGUUGGGUGAUUCUACCAAAUAUCAGAUCUUUUUGCGUCUUGUUGCGCUGUACAACUUCGAAGUUGUAUCCAAGGUCGAUCUCCUGGGAUCUUUUCAAGAGUUGUUGGGCGAUAACCCUGAACUGCUGAAGUUCGUGAAGAACUUCGUCAAACAUCCAAAGAAUUGGCCUUCCGUUGCAUGUGCCGAGGGAACCAAGAAGCAUUCCACAAGAGACAAGACGCCGAUUCGACAUAGUGUUGAAGAUGCGCCUAGUGUGGAGCUUGAAGCUGGAAUAAAGUCUGCGGAUGAGCCUGCAGUGGCAAAAGUAACUCCGAAAAUUGAAGGCCCGGGAAUUUGGAUGAACGGCAGGAGCACACGCUAUAGUGAAAGAGACCUGGACUUCAGUAACGCGCGGAGGCUUGGAGCAAGUUACUGCGAGGUGCCUAAAGAACGACAAAGAGCUGAGAACUUCUCAAACUAUACUCCGCUGUGUCGGGAAGUGCUGAAUCACGAAUGGGUUUCGUUUCCUUCGUGGUCUGAGGACUCCACUUUCGUGUCCAUGCGCAAAACGCAAUACGAGGAAUACAUUUAUCGCUGUGAAGAUGAGCGAUAUGAGCUGGAUAUGUUGAUCGAGACAAACAAGCGUGCGAUAGAUCACUUCGAAAGGAUCUUGGAGAACGUGCACAAAAUGUCACCCGAGGAACGGAGUGGAUAUUGUCUGGAUCCAAGCCUCGGUGAUAGAAUACCUGCAUUACUCAGGAAAGCAAUUGAAAGGUAUCCCAUCCAUUGA